UGCGAACUCGACCAACAGGCGCAGCCAGGCGGCACGACCCUACUACCCAGAACCAAGCAAACAGUCAACACGGCACAGGUACAGUCAUCUCAACUGCAACGUUCCUCGGAUGCUGCGGAACAAUGAAGAUGCCUAAUGUUACCCAUCGCACGUGUUGCAAAGUAUUGAUCGCCUUGAUCGGAACAGACAAUGUCUUGCUCCCGGGCAACACCCGAUACAACGAGUCCCUCGCGUCAUAUUUCUCUCCCCAAGCAGCCGCUGUUCAACCCCUAUGCUUUGUGACCCCACAGAGCGUCGAUGAAGUGUCAGCCGUGGUCAAGUCGCUUACCUCGGGGGGCCAUGGCGACACGGCCAACUUUGCGGUCCGCGGCGGCGGCCACAUGUGGAUCCCCGGGGCGUCCAACUCGGGAGGCGGCGUGACUAUCGAUCUGCGCGGCCUGAACUCAGUGGAGCUGAGUGAGGACCACUCGACCGUGUCUGUUGGCGGCGGCGUGACUUGGGACCUUAUCUACAACAAGCUGGACCCCUUGGGCCUCAGCGUGGCCGGAGGUCGUGUGGCCGGCGUGGGCGUCAGUGGGCUGACUCUCGGAGGGGGUAUCUCCUACUUUGGCCCGCGUCACGGCUGGACGUGCAACCAAGCGACAUCCUUUGAGGUAGUUCUGGCCGACGGCUCCAUAGUCCAGGCCAGCGCUCAGGAGAAUGUGGACCUCUGGAAGGGUCUCCGCGGCGGCGCCAACAACUUUGGGAUCGUGACGCGAAUGGAACUCGUCACCUUUGAGCAAGGCCCAUUAUGGUCGAUCCUGAGCAUCAGCCCUACCACAAUCCUGGAUCAGCAGGCCAGCAUCUACGGCAAACUCAUGGCUCCCGAUAAUUACGACAAGAAUGCCUCUUUCCUCACGGGCUGGGCGUAUUCCGGAGCGGCUGGGGGCAAGGUUGCCCUGCACCAACUCGUCUACACCGAGCCCCCCAACGGAACCGAGACACCACCGUUUUACAAGGAUGUUCUGGACCUGCCAACAAUACCCAACAUCGGAAGCCCUGCCGUCACCGCCAACGUGAGCACCAUAGCCCAGAACUCGGUGGCUCUCAAUCCGAAGCAAGCAUCGCGGUACCUCAUGGCAACAACGACCUUUGUUCCGACCGAAGCCAUGAUCCGCGAGACCUACGCAGCCUUCGACGCCAGCCUCGCACAGGUCCAGAACCUAACAGGCAUAAUGUGGGCGCUCAACAUCGAGCCCCUCCCGCCACAAAUAUACGCUAGGGGUGCGGCCGACAACAGCCUGGGUCUCCAGGACCGGCCGGUGUCCGAGUCCCUUGCCGUGUGCCUGCUCUCGCCGGCGUGGACCGACGCCGCACAGGACGAACAGGUCUACGCGGCCACGCGCAGGCUGAUGGAAGACAUCGAGGCCCGCGCCAAGGGGCUCGGCGUGUACGACCGCUACCUGUACCUCGGGUACGCGGCCCCCUGGCAGGAUGUUAUUUCGAGCUACGGGCCCGAGAGCGUGGCGCGGCUGAGGGCCCUGCGGGACCGCGUCGACCCGGGGCAUGUUUUUACCAACCAGGUUCCUGGUGGAUUCAAGAUCCCGUCUUACGGUUGAGUUGAUGGAAUAUCGGG